GUUAUAGUGGGGGUAAUUGUCAGGGAUAAUUGCCUCACUUGGUGUACAUGGGAGCAUGCGUUUACUGGAGAGAAGUGUGAGUAAUUGGACGGAAAUAAACAAUGGAUUUGCCAGCUGUUGAAUUGUGUCACGAACGUUCUCCCAUUUGUUGGAUCUGACCAGGGAUUAGUGAAGAGGAUAGCUGGGGGAAUCAUCAGGAGGAUAUGCCACGAGGACGACAGCCAGUAAUCCGACGAAAGUUGUGACGAAACAUUGUCUGCUGAGAUGUUUGGAGAACGCAGACGACUCGGGAGAAAAAGGAUGGCGUACUCCAUUAACAGAAGACCAUUGCUGGGGGGGAGUGACAGUGAAUUUGAGGAUGACAUCGAAACGGAAAUGGAUGAUGCUAGUGUUUCUGUACCAGAUCAAAACCAUUUGCUGCCUCUCCCUAGGGACAGAUACAACUUGGCUUACAUUGUUUUCUACUUAUUGGGAAUAAAUACUCUCAUACCCUGGGCCUUUUUUAUCACUGCCGACGAGUACUGGAUGUACAAAUUCAGGGCAAUUCACCCCAACAACACUGGCCUCCACAACUACACGCACACCGAAAUUCUAGAGAAGAGGACAGAUCUUCAAGCGAGUUUUACAUCCUACCUGAACAUCGCCAGUGCUAUCCCAAGCACUUUAUUUUUAAUACUGAAUACAUUUCUUAGUAAAAUAUUAUCACAGCAAGUGAGGAUGAUAGGGACUCAAUUGCUCAUUCUCCUGCUGUUCAUAAUGACAACUGCAUUUGUUAAAAUUAACACGGACGAAUGGCAGAAUACAUUUUUAAUUAUCGUGCUGACAUCAUUUGCCAUUGUUAACGCCUUGAGUGCCAUUUUUGGAGGAAGUUUAAUGGGAAUCGUAGGACGUUUUAAUCCAAAAUACAUAACAGCAAUGUCGAGUGGUCAGGCUUUGGGUGGAAUAUUUACAGCUUUGACGGAGAUAUUGUCCCUCUGGAUUGGAGCUAGUCCAGUUGUCUCUGGCCUCGUUUAUUUCAUCAUUGGAGAUAUUGUCCUUUUAUGCUCUCUGAUCGCAUACAUUUUUCUCGAACGAGAGGAAUAUUUCUUGCAUCAUAUGAUGCAGAAACCGAGGCCACCAGAGUCCAAUUUCUCAGUGAAUGCUGAAGUUAGUUUUGUCGAGGGACCAAAAACUAAUUAUGUCAAUAUAUUGAAGAGAAUAUGGCCUUAUGCUCUCGGCAUUUUUCUCACAUUCUUCGUUACUAUGUCUGUUUACCCUGCUAUUACCGUCCUCGUGGAGAGCAAGAACAAGGGGAAGGGUUAUGCCUGGAAUGAUAUCUACUUCGUACCUGUUAUCACAUAUCUCACAUUCAGUUGUGGGGAUUACAUCGGUCGUAUACUCGCCGGAAUUUUCCUCUGGCCGAAAGGUAAACCGUGGCUCAUCGUAAUAUUCGCCCUAAUUCGAGCGAUAUUCGUGCCAGCAUUGAUGUUCUGCAACGCCCAGCCUCGUCAUCAUCUCCCAGUGUACAUAACUGAUGAUGUUUACUACAUGCUCUUGACUAUUAUCUUCGCCAUUGGCAAUGGCUAUCUCUGCAAUAUUGCGUUCAUCCUGGUCCCGACGGUUGUUGAUUCCCAUGACAAGGAAAUAGCCUCAGCAAUGAUGGGUGCGUUUCUCGGGCUAGGAAUUUCCAUUGGAUCUGCCCUUAGUCUAGUGUUAGUAAAAUCUCUCUGAUCAGUUCAAGUUCUAGACAAUUAAAUUUAAAAAUCUUUUCUUACUCUCCAGUCAAUUAAUUUUUUUUAAUGAAUCGAUUCAAAACAUGGGCUAUUGUAAUGUGAUAUAUGACAUUCCUCAACGAACGCAAUAUGUGAGUUGUGUUUAUUUUUCAAUUCGUGUUAAUUGUUUUAAUCGUAAAGAAAUUCAUCAGUUUCGUGAGCCCCAUUUUGACCUCUAUCGAAACAGUUCAUCUUUCAUGUUCCGGUGGAAAUUUAUCUAAGGAGGGGUUCAUCGGAGAAUUUUUUAAGAGAAAACAGGUAUUUGAAAAAGUGAUUCUAGUCUAUUUUGGGUGUACAUAAUUUGAAAUACGUAUUUGGACUAAUUAUUAGAGAUCUAAGUUUGAUUAAUUAUAGGAGAAUAAAUGCAUUGAUCAUCGUGAUGAUAA